AUGCCCAAACGCAAGGCAGACACCGCGAGCGACGACGAGCAACAAGCGGAUGAGGCGUGGUCUGAUUCCGAGGUAGAACGGCCUCUUAAGCACGCGCGCGUGCCGAAGGCUCGCCAGAGCAAGAAAGUACCGCGAGACAGCGCAGACGAAGAGGAGGAGGAACAACCGAAGAAGGCUAAACCGAAAGCCCCGAAGAAGCCCACGGAGAAAAGCAAAACAUCUGCCAAAAAGGGGGCAUCGUCGAACACUGCUGAUACGAAAGAUCUUGGAACAUCUGUUCUUGUAAACGGAGACGGAGACAGAUUUAUCGAUCUGGGCAAGAAGCGUCGCGCGACGGUUCGCACGUUCAAGGGCACGAUAUUCCUUGAUAUUCGUGAGUACUAUGGGCAGGAAGGCGAUGAGCAGCCCGGAAAGAAGGGAGUUACUCUUCAACAGGAGCAGUGGGAGAGUCUGAAGAACAAUGGUGACUCUAUUGAUGCUCUGUUCGCGAGAGCGAAUAAGUAG